GUUCGCUUCUUCGUACUUCCGUAAGCACUCUCUCUGCCAACUCUCCUUCUUCGCAUGCUUUCGUCCCUCCGGCUCCAUUAUCGGAGCCCCAGCUCCAUAUAGAACCCGUGAUAAUUUACAUUAUCGUUUUCUUUCUCCACUUUUCUGUGCUUUCAGAUCUUGAAUUCAGCAAAAAUGUCUAAACCAUGGGGUGGUGCCGGAGCUUGGGCCGCCGAGGCCGAGCGCGCCGAGGCCGAAGAGCGCGAGGCAGCGGCAGCAUCUGCUGCUUCGGGAUCCCAGAACUUCCCCAGCCUAAAGGAGGCCGUGAAUACGAAGCCUAAGAAGAAGAAAAUGACUCUGGGGGAGUUUAAUAGUAUUUCCACUGUCGGCGGAGGUGGUAUGGCCACCGAGUAUAAGGGCCUGACGCCGGAUGAGAUGCUUCGGCUCCCUACGGGCCCGAAAGAACGUUCUGCGGAUGAGAUGCCGUACGGUCGUGGGUUUUCCUCUUUUGGGCGUUCUGGUCCGCCGCAAGGACGCAUGCGAGACCGUGAUGACAAUGAUGGUUCUUGGGGUGGAGGAAGAAGAUCCUAUGGAGGAUUUGAUGAAGAACGCAGGGGUCCCCCUUCUAGGGUUUCUGACUACGAUCAGCCAUCCAGGGCAGACGGGGAUGAUAAUUGGGCUUCGGGUAAAAAAUCUCUUCCAUCGUUCGAUUCAGGUCGGCAAAAUCGCUAUGGUUCGCUUGGUGGUGGUUCCAGGGCGGAUGAGAAGGAUAACUGGUCAGUUGGUAAAAAGCCUUUUUCUGCUAGACCUUCCGCAUUUGGUUCUGGGUUUCGCGAUUCAGGUGUGGAGCCUGACCGCUGGACUAGGGGACCGUCACGUGAUAACGACCGAGAGCGUCCCAGAUUGGUUUUGGAUCCGCCAAAAGGUAAUGCCCCUGGUAAUGAGCCGGUGAAGACAAAUAAGGCGAAUCCUUUUGGCGCAGCUAGGCCCAGGGAAGAAGUUUUGGCUGAGAAGGGUGUGGAUUGGAAGAAGGUGGACUCUGAAAUUGAAGCUAAGAAGACAAGUAGGCCUUCAAGUUCGCACUCUAUCAGGCCAUCCAGUGCUCAAUCCAGUCGUUCUGAGGAUACAGGGUUGCAGGAGACAGAAACUAUGAUAAAACCCAGACCAAAGGUGAAUCCAUUUGGGGAUGCAAGACCCCGAGAAGUAUUGCUGGAGGAGCGAGGUAAAGAUUGGCGGAAGAUUGAUCUUGAAUUGGAGCAUCGUGGUGUUGACAGGCCAGAAACUAGGGAGGAAAAGUUAUUGAAAGAAGAAAUUGAUAAUUUGAAGAAGCAGCUUGAGAACGAGUCAUCAUUAGAUUCAAGGAAGGAAUCUGUGGAAGAAGCUCGUGGAGACCACAAUAGCCCACAAAAAAUUUUGCUUCAGAGGGAAAGGGAGCUGCAAUCUCUAAUUCGUGAUCUGGAUGACAAGGUUCGUUUUGGACAAAAAGCUAUUGAAAGGCCGGGUUCCGGAGCGGGAAGGCCGGGUUCCGGAGCAGGAAGGCCACCUUCUGGAGCAGGAAGGGCUGCUGGUUUUUCUGAUAGGCCGCAUUCUCGGUCUGGCUCAUUUGAGGAUUCUCGGAGUGUGGAAUUCACAGACAGGCCUCCAUCCCGAGGCACAGGGGAUUUGUGGACUCGGCCUGAUGACAGAAGAUCAUUUCAAGGUGCCAGGGACAGAGGGUUUCCAAAUAGCAGAGUCUUGGAUAGGUCAACAUCGAGAGAGAGAUGGUGACUGGCGGCUGAGGAGUAAGAGUUAUCUUCAACUUUUGAUGAGCAGAGCCUAAUACUAUUUUGCCCCCUCUUAUUUGUCUUUUCAGAUAGUUUUGUUUCAUUUUGCUCCUGGAAUUGGAGCGGCAAUCAUUGAUUACGGGCAUAACAACUUUUGCCUUUGUUAAUGGCACAUCCUGAAACAGCGUAAAUUUGUUUCCAUGUGAUUUUUUUGGGUGUCUGGUGGAAUGAAGGGAGCCUGUAAUUUUAUUAGGAGUAAUUGGUUAAAUUUUUAUGAAAAUCAUGAAACUUGGCAAUGAACGUGAUAUUGCCCAAAAUCUAUACCGUGAUCAUGUAUGAUGCCCACUGUACCUUCCAUUUUGACUGACACUUUGGCAUAGGUUGCGAUUCUGCAUUUUUGUUUUCUGCCUCUGAAGUGUGAAGUACCUGAUGCUGAUGGUGUUAUUAUCAUUAUUCAAAGAACUUUCAUGUGUUACAAUCUACAGCGAAAGGGUUGAAGGAAUAAAAUGUAAUCCCAGUCGUGCUUCUAGUCACUGGUUUAUUUAUUUUCUUUUGUUUCUUUUCUUUUUUUGUUUUUUUGUUUUUGUAAGGAUGUGGUCAGUUAAUUUGUACAUCAGUUGAAAAUUAGAUC